UUGAGAUAUGCAUAAUUAAAAAUGAGUUUGGAAUAAAUAAUGUUAAAAAAUGAAAAUCAAAUAAAAGCAUAGUAAAGAACGUAAAUGACCGAGGAAGAAUGAUGAUUCAUAUUACUGCAGCAUUAAAAAUUCAAGAAAUGAAAAAUUAUCAAUGAUUUCAGUAGCUCAGAUCUAAUCAGGCAACAGUUGAUACCAAUAUCUCACCUUCGUCUUUAUUAAACUUCCUUCUGAAUUCUGUCGACUGUUUCUUGAAAUUGAUCUAUGUUAGGUGUGUUAUUCUCAACCUCCCUGAGUGUUUCACAUUGUUGUAUUAUAAAAUCCCCAUAGUAACUAACAGGUGGAAGAAAACACUCACACAAACACACAGGAGAGAAGAGUCAACCCCUUAUCCUCCUCAUUGAUCAUUCUUGGAAUUUGGCUGCCUUUCUGGAAUUUAUUUCGGUGCCCUUUUGCAGAAGGGAAUCUGGUGUACUCUAAGAAUCUUGUCCUUUUCUGGGAUUUAAAGAUUUGGGGAGUUAAAUAGAUCCAACCCCCAAAACCCAUCUUGGGAUUCAUAAUUUUUGGCAGAUUCUUGAUUUAUGGGUCCAUUUUGAUAUAAUCGUUUCAGCAGUUCCUUAACUUGCAGCAUAGAGAAUACACAGUGUUGAGUUUUUGUUCAUUUUCAUGAUUAAAUCACAUAUGAACGGAAUGGCAGGAGGAAAUGGGGUGUUGUACCCAAUCAUUGGUUUUUCAUUAUGUGUUGCUUUCACAUACAUGUCUUUUGGGGACAUGUGGGUUGAUAUCCGUGGAGAAACAAAAUUAAGCUUUGUGGAGAGGAAUGGGACUCAGUUCAUGGUGGAUGGUAAACCUUUUAAUAUCAAUGGAUGGAAUUCUUACUGGUUGAUGGACCAUGGUGUGGACGAAUCCAGCAGAUCCAGGAUCAGUGCAAUGCUGCAAGCUGGAGCAAAGAUGGGCCUCACUGUGUGCAGAACCUGGGCUUUCAAUGAUGGUGGAUACAAUGCUCUCCAAAUUUCCCCUGGUCGAUUUGAUGAAAGAGUAUUCAGAAGGUUUUGCUGCACUGGAUUAGUCUAUCCUACAUGGUUAUUUGCUGUCCCCCCCGGGGCCCCAAUUUGGUACCUCUCAUUUAAUGCUUGUGCGUUUUUAUGGCAGUCCUUAGAUCACGUAAUUGCAGAAGCGAGGAAACAUGGAAUAAGGCUGAUACUAAGCUUGGUUAAUAACUUGCAAGCAUAUGGAGGAAAGACUCAGUAUGUUCAGUGGGCAUGGGAAGAGGGUGUUGGUUUAAGCGCUUCUAAUGAUUCAUUCUUCUAUGACCCAUCAAUUUUGCGUUAUUUUAAAAACUAUGUCAAGACAGUGCUGACGAGGAAGAACACACUCUCUGGAAUUGAAUACAGGGAUGACCCAACAAUCUUUGCUUGGGAGUUAAUUAAUGAACCGCGCUGUAUGACUGAUGCUUCUGGUGACACACUCCAAGAUUGGAUAGAAGAAAUGUCAAAUUUUGUGAAAGCAAUUGAUAGAAAGCAUUUGCUGACUGUCGGCCUUGAAGGAUUUUAUGGUCCUAAAAGUCCGAAAAGGUUAACUGUGAAUACAGAGUUCUGGGCAGCUGAUCUUGGAUCUGAUUUCAUUCGCAACUCUAAGAUAUCUACUAUUGAUUUUGCCUCAGUUCAUAUAUACCCUGAUCACUGGUCUCAUACUCCAGAUUUCGAAUACAAAUUAAAAUUUAUUUCCAAAUGGAUGCUUUCUCACAUUGAAGAUGGUGAUAAAGAACUUAAAAAGCCGGUAAUGUUCACUGAAUUUGGAUUGUCAACUGAGAACAAAGAUUUUGAUCCUUCUCAACGAGAUAGAUUCUAUAAAGUUAUACUUGAUAUCAUAUACAAGUCUGCAAAAAAACAAAAGUCCGGGGCAGGAGCUUUCGUCUGGCAGUUCUUGGUCGAAGGGAUGGAAAAGUACAAUGAUGAUUUCGGGAUUGUUCCGUGGGAGAGGCCAUCGACAUAUCGUUUAUUUACAGAACAAUCAUGCAGGCUGGCAAGAAUUCAAGGUGCACUUCCCUCUCAAAAGGAACACUUGAAAAGAUUGUGCUGGCAAAGACGUUAAAAUAUAUUUUGUUCGGAUAAAAUGGAAUGUGUGUUUUUCUGUUUGUGAUCUUUAAUUUAUAUCUUUUGUCUGUUUUGAUUGUAGAGAAGAAGAAUUGAAAGACAUACAUAUUUUCACAUACGUAUAGGCGUGUAAUUACAGAAGUUGAAAUAUAUGUGCAGAUAAUUUUUGAUA